AUGUCUUUACAAGAACAAAUAAAUUUGCCAAAAGGCAUAAAUUCGCGUGAAAAGAACACAGGAGAAGUGAAACUACACCGACAACACUAUUCUUCACGUCUUCACCUAUAUACAAUUCCACCAAUUGAUGAAAUUACUAUCGAAGAAUUUGAAAGCUUUUCUUUGGACAGGUUAACAGUUCUAAAAGAAUUCGAAGCAACUAUCCUACGAAAUAAAUCCGAUAAAGAAUCCAAAGAAUAUAUGAAUCAAGUAUUAGCACAAUAUCUGCCUUUGCAUACAAAUUUAUCUUCUGAAGCCUAUCCCAUUCAACAAGAAAGGAGAAAGGAUCAUAUAUCCCAUUUUAUCUUGCGUCUGGCUUAUUGUCGAACUGAGGAACUACGACAAUGGUUUUUGAAAUACGAAUGCGCUUUGUUCAAAUUCAGAUUUAUUAACUUAUCCGCGUCAGAACAACUAGAGUUUCUAAAAGAAAAUAAUCUAAAUUGGAAAUGCGCAAGUAUUUUUCUCGAUGAUAAGGAAAAAUCUGAAAUGAAGGAACAGUUAACGACUAGUUCGCCUCACGUGAAUUUUGCUUCUGAAACCUUUUUCGAGGUUGACUUUGAAAAAGUGUUAGAUUUGGUAAAACGUCGUGUGGUGUAUAUAAAAGGAGGCAAAGCUUAUGUGCCCAUGCGGGAUCAAGUAGCGCUAGUAAUGGACGAAUUUCGCAAUCGACUCGAUAAAACAUUAAAGGAUACUUGCCGAGCGCUUCCCGAGGUUGAUCAAGAGGGUCAAGUGAUGCCAAUUUUAAAUCAACUAAAUCACUUUAAAUCCGGUCAAGGCUAUAGUUGUUCGAAUAAAAUCGAAGGACAGAUAACCGCGGAUGAUAUAGAUCAGUUGACCGAACAUUUCCCGUUAUGCAUGAGACACUUACAUAAAAAGCUUCGAGAAGAUAAACAUUUGAAACACUAUGGCAGAAUGCAAUAUAAUUUAUUUUUAAAAGGAGUUGGACUUUCUUUGGAAGAAGCACUCAGAUUUUGGCGGAUGUCAUUUUCCGAAACCAAUGAUGAUCAAUUCCAAAAAAAAGCUUAUGCCUACAACAUCAGACAUAAUUACGGGAUGGAAGGAAAAAGAACUAAUUAUUCCCCAUUGAAUUGCAUGAGAAUAAUCACCAAUAAUCAACCAGGCGAAGGAGAUCAUCACGGUUGUCCAUUUCGACACUUCUCUGAAGCUAAUUUGUCGCAUACACUUCACAAUGCCGGUGUAACAGACAAAGUGCAGAUUAGACAAAUUAUAGAUUAUGUCAAAGGACAUCAUUAUAAUAUCGCUUGUACUAGGUUUUUCGAGUUGACGCAUGGUGGAUCCAAAGAACAGGGAAUGAUGGCGGCAAUUAAUCAUCCAAAUGAAUUUUUCGAAAAGAGUUAUCAAUCAAGUCAAGAAAGUUCACUAGGAAAUAAAUAA